AGUGAUAAAAUUGCAAUAUAAAUGAAACCUCCUCAAACAAGCGUUACUUUUCGACGAUGUUCCGCUCCAUCGUACUAUUUUCCCUUUUGGGAGUAAUUGCUGCGCACCCUCUUCAAACCUUUGAACAACACCUUUCUCCAGACCAAGCAAAACGACUGGAAGAGUGGACCGAGGAUGAUUCCGAGAACAUUUGGGAACUGAGUGGCCAAUUUGAAGGUGACAUUCUUUUGAGGAGGGAUCCGCGAACUGGUAUCUUGGAUGAGACCCUCAGAUGGUGGAAUAACGAAAUACCUUACGAGCUUGAUUCCGACUACACUUUUGAAGAGAGAGAGAAAAUUGUUACGGCAUUGACACAAUACGAGGCGACCAAUGUGAGGGUCCGACCCCGAACACCGUCAGAUGUGGACUACGUUUACGUCAACAGAAACGCAACGGGAUGCUCCUCCUUCAUCGGUCGAGUAGGGAACGUUCAGGUAUUGAAUUUAGCACCCGGUUGCCUGAGAGCCGGAACUAUAGUUCACGAAUUCCUCCACGCUUUCGGAUUUUACCACCAGCAGAGCGCUACCAACAGAGAUGACUAUGUCACCAUCGUAUGGGACAAUAUAGCUCCGGACCACGCAUUCAACUUCGACAAAUACGACUCUAGCGUCAUCGGCGAAUUUGGCGGGACAUACGACUAUGGUAGCGUGAUGCACUACAGCGAAAAGGCGUUCUCCAUCAAUGGAGAAUCGACCAUCAUUCCACACGAUAGUUCGGCAGUCAUUGGACAAAGAGUCGGUUUAAGCGAAAUUGACAUCAAGAGACUUAAUCAAAUGUACCCUAAGCUUCAAUAAAUAAAGAAAUAAAAUUCUAUUUAAAUUC